CCUCCCGCUCGCCGUAGUUUCUGUCCCGUCAGUCUGUGCGCGGCCGGCCCGGCCUGGGAGGGGAGGCGAUCCCGGGCGGGCCGGAGCCGAACCGGGUCAUGGACCGACCCCCGGACCUGUUUGACGCCAUCGUGAUGGCGGAGGAGAGGUACCGCGGUGAAGGCUUCCAGGAGGGCUACGCCGAGGGCCGCUGCCUGGGCCUGGCCGAGGGCCGGCGGGCGGGAGUGGUCCGGGGGGCCAGCAUCGGGUCAGAGAUCGGGAGCUACCGAGGCUUCGCCCUGACGUGGAAGUGCCUGCUCUCGGGGAGCACCUCGGACAAGGACAGGAAGAAGGCCAAGAUGCUCGACUCGCUCCUGGGGAUGGUGCAGAGGUUCCCGUACGCCGACCCCACUCACGGCGAGCUCCACGAAGACCUGGACAGGAUUCGGGGGAAGUUUAAGCAGGUUUGCUCUCUGCUGAGCGUUCAGCCCGACUUCCACGUCAGCCCCGGAGGCUCCGCCCUCUCCUUUUGAGCAGGGCCGGGCACAGAACGGCCGCCUGCGCGUGGUGAGCGGACGUUCCCGAAGGCCGGGCCGGGCCUCGCCAGGAAGGUUUGGCGCCGUGGCCGCCAGGUCCUGGGUGUCACCUCAGGGAUGCGUUUGCACUGUGGCCUUCUGGGAAACUGGGCCCGAGCUCCCUCAGAAAGUCCCUUCCUGCUUCCUGUGAGCCUCUGUGGUCCUGCUCGUGGGGGGGCCGGGUCCCUCAGCCUCCAGAGAGCCGGUCGCAGGAUCCGAGGGCAGAGAAGGGAUAAGCAAGUCAAGAAUCCCUCCCGAGGUCCCCGGCACAAGGUUCCGGUGGUCAGCCCCUCCUCCGGCCGAGGUUGAGCGGCCCUGCCCCAUUGGGGCUGACCGGGACGGAGCAGGCCUCAGAGUGAAGGGGGACCCGUCAAGUGGCUCUAGCAAGUUCUACCCUGGCCUUGCUUCCCCUUGCCCUGGCCGCUCGUCCCCAAGUGGCUAAAGACGGGAAAACAUGCUGUAGCACGAUUAAACUUGUGCCAUGA